UUGCAUGUAUUUGUGUUGGUCAUCUGUGUGUUGCUAUGGCUACGCAGCAUGAAGACACGCAGACUUGAUCAGUCUUUUAUAAUGUCUAGUUGACUGAUGUUGUGAAAGUCACAAAAAAGGCGAUGGACUGGAUUCAGAUAAGAAGCAACGUUACAGAUAGAUUUCAAUUUAAUAAGUUUUUCAGGUGAUAAGUCGUUUAGAGGGUGAACUUGUGGCCAAUGUCAUAACACACCAAAAUAUUUAAUGUGAUUUAAUUUUGUCUCCUCUCAGCUUCCUGCCUCCAUCCUUUCUCUACGCUCUGAUUGGCUGAAAUGACAAACCAGGUGAUUCAUACUUGUGACUCUGUGUUGGGCGGAGCCUCUGGAGAGGACAAAGUUUCUUUCCAGGUGUUUCCAGACUCAGCAGAUCGUAUUCCAAAACUUUCCAGGCGUGUCCCGUCCAUCGUUGUGGAACCAACGGAUGGAGAUGAUGUGGAGAGUGGAGAGCUCCGAUGGCCUCCAGAUGAUGUCAGUGGUGACACAGAGGACCACAAACAGAUGACAGGUGGACCUGUAGAGGAGGCGGAGCCACAGGAGCAGGUGAUGGAUGCAGUUUAAACCCUACUGACCUGCGCGGCUCCUUUAUUUUCAGCCAAUGUUUGUGAAGGUCCCUGUGAUGAGGGAGGAGGCGUGGCCAAUAUACUUAUAGCCACAUCUCCAUGCCAGAGGGGUGGAGUCAGACCUGGACAGAGUGAGAAAAGAGGAAGAUCCCAACAUGAAAGUAAACACUGAACUUCAGAUGGCUGAAGGGUCGAAUUUGAAAGGAUUGUGGGACGUGAGCAGCAGGAAAAUGCAAAAUAUGAAUGUGCUGAUGGGUUGAUCGACUGGCUGCUUUUAUAAAAUUCUUUAGUCACAUCAUUUAGUCACUUUUGUAUGUUUGCUGGACUGUUUGUGCUAAAAACGUAGAUAAUGCCAUCUAUAUACAUCAUUUAAAGUGUCUAAUGAAUCAAUUUAACCAUUAAAUGCACGAGUUGAUCUUCUGACACUGACCUACAGCUCUUCAUCAAAUCAUGCUGAUGCAGCCUUUUAGAUUAUCCAAAAUAACAAACAUUUAUGAAAUGUUACAGUCAUUUACACAGUCUGAAUAUGUGCUAGCUCUAGACCUGGAUGAAUAUUAGUCUUAUCAGAGUGAAACCUUUCCUGUUUCUACUGUUAUAUGAUGCACCAAGCAACUGAAGCGGUGCUGA